AUGCCACCGCAAGCGAUUCCUUUUGGCCAAGUGAUCGAGUAUAUUGAGGAUCGGCUAUACCUAGCAUCUUAUCAUACGCCGCCAAACGAGAAUUCUCCAUUGCCAUUCCAAUCUGCGCAACGCAAAUCUCAAAGUAAAAAGCGCGGGGCAGCUGCUCCAAAGCCCGUUCAGCCUGUUUAUUUCACAGUGGAUGACGUGGUUCUCUACAACGCGUUUCAUGCAGACUUUGGGCCAUUGCAUAUCGGCCAUCUCUAUAGAUUUGCAGUUCAUUUUCAUGAGGUGCUCGGAAACCCCGAGAACAAAGACCGACCAGUGGUUCUUUGGACCAAAACAGACUCGAAAAGCCGCGCAAAUGUUGCUUGUUUGGUGGCUUGUUACAUGGUGUUAAUUCAAUCUUGGCCACCCCAUCUCGCUCUUGCUCCAAUCGCGCAAGCUGAUCCUCCGUACAUGCCUUUUCGUGAUGCAGGGUAUAGUCAGGCGGACUUCGUCUUGACAAUCCAGGAUAUUGUGUACGGUGUUUGGAAAGCUAAAGAAGAGGCACUAUGCGGACUGAAAGAAUUCAGUCUCGAAGAGUAUGAGAAGUUCGAGCGAGUGGACAUGGGCGACUUUAACUGGAUAACCCCUCAAUUCCUCGCUUUUGCGUCGCCUCAAUAUAAGCCUCUAGCUUCGAUCCCUCAAGAUUCCCCGGAAUUCGCUACCCUUCCGUCCAGUAUUUCAGAAGUUUACGCCUCACGACUCCCUGUUCCGUUUAGGAAUGUCUUGACCCAUUUUGCAUCUCGGAAUAUCGGCUUGGUGGUGCGCCUGAACUCAGAACUCUACAGCUCAUCAUAUUUCACAGCCCUGGGUAUCCAUCAUAUUGAUAUGAUUUUCGAAGACGGAACUUGUCCUCCUCUUCCACUUGUGCGACGGUUCAUUAAGCUUGCGCAUGACAUGAUAGCAAAAAAUAAAGGUAUAGCAGUGCACUGCAAAGCGGGCCUGGGUCGUACAGGCUGUCUCAUUGGGGCAUACCUUAUCUACCGUUAUGGUUUCACCGCCAACGAAAUCAUUGCUUUCAUGCGCUUCAUGCGCCCAGGAAUGGUUGUCGGGCCUCAACAACAUUGGCUUCACUUGAAUCAAGGCACAUUUCGCGAAUGGUGGUUUGAAGAUACAAUCAAGGAGAAGUUAAUGAUGUCCGCGCCAACAACGCCAGGAAAAGCUACUUCGAAACAUCGCUUGAAUACCACCAGCCAAACCGCCACACCUCCCAAUCCUAAUCAGUCGAAGAGACUUGCGUUGGGUGAGAUUGAUAACAAUGAGGCUUCGCCAUGCUAUGCAGACGAAAAUCUUCCCGCUCCUACGCCAGGACAGCCACGUAAAUCCCACCGCAAAGAUUCCAGGCAUCAUCCAUAUGCUCGCGCCGUGUCGGGAAAUCUUGGUGUUGAGGGUGACAUGGGUACUCAGUCCAUGCGUACAAAGCUAAAGAAUGCUUCACGUCGAUCACAGACUAACGGCGAAAAUGGGGAUGACCGGCGGCCCAUGGCCAGUGCUGCAUCCCCGAAAACGCCAGGCCGCUCCCCAAGUCAUCAGUCCGUCUCCUCCUCAGCAGCCGGCACGUCAAAUAUUCAUGAAGAUGUGGAGAACUGGGUUGAAGGCAUCGCGAAUGGCAAAACCCCAGUGAACACUAAAAGUGGAAGCGGGGUGCUGGGGGUUAGUAAAGUGCGCAGCAGUCCACGCAGAUUAGGUGAAAGAACUGAUGCCAAAAUCCGAAAGGCAAGCGGAAGAAUUGGAAGCGCAGGAACCACAACGAGAGUCAAGACGACUUAG